AUGGCCGACAAGGAGCCUACACGACUAGAUCGGACCGUCUAUGUCGUGAUCCCGCCAUCUCCCCUGCUCGCCGCACACUGGUCCCUCUUAAUUCCAGAUCCGCCACUGAACACCGCUACCAUCCAGCAAGAAAACAAUGUAGGACGACGCAUACAUGUCGCCGGCGACAGGCUACACGGCUUCCAGCUCGAGAUCGUCAGAGGUUACGAUGUCCGCAAGCACAGAGGUGUCAACUCACGACGCUUCGCUCUCGGCCUUGUGCCGGAGCAUUUCUUGUCAGGUAUACAGUCUACGCUCAAACCAGCUGCGGCUAAGUCGAAGGAUGAGGACGAAGGCGGUGGCUAUGUUGACAAUAGUCCGAUCGAUCAACUCGAACGGACAUGCAUAUUGGUAGCCCCUCCGGGACCAUCUCUUGUUCAUGUCCAGGCUGGCGGCAAAGGUGCAGCGAGGCCAAAGCAAACAGAGGUCAAAGACUGUCAAUGGUGGGUCAAGCAGGUUGUGGAGUUGAUGUUUAGUAAAGGCAUGCUUGUUACUUCACGCACCAACGAUGAUGGCUCCGAAGCGUCGUCAUUCACGGCUGAGGCUAAUCUGCCGGUGCAUUGA